AUGCGUCGAGGACGUGUUCAAUUGGAACCACAGCAUUACAUCUACUCACACUUUCAAUUCAGCGUCUUCCCAAACACAGACUUUUCACAAGCAAUUCGGGGAAGAAGAGUGUUGUACUGUGACGACGCCGUCACUUUAACCCUUCCAACCACCAAAAAGCCGAUAUGUCCAAUUUGCCUUGACGAAGUUAUUCUUCCACGACUGACCGCAUGUGGCCAUUUGUACUGCUGGAAGUGUUUACUUCAAUUCUUUGUGUUAUGCCCAGCCCCACAUAAGUGUCCUGUGUGUAAUGCUAUUAUAUCGCCUCCUUUUACUAUUUGUGAUAUUAAGAUAUUGCCCAUUCUCAAUGUUGGAGACUCUAUCACUAUGAAAUUACUUAAAAUACCAAAAGAACUAGUAACUCCAACUAUUGAAGGAGAGAAGAUGGUGAUGUCUCCACCUACGUCGAAGGAUAAGAACAAACAAUUUUAUCAUAUUGUAGUCGAAGAAGACCCACUCGCUGUAUUAGCAAGAGAACGUGUGCGAGUGAAUAUGGAAUCACAAAAACCACAAGAUGAACCGUGUCAGUUAUACUUUAAUAUGAUGUGUGAAGAGUUGGACACAAUUAAACGUGAUUGGCAAAAACGCCUUACAAAGGUUCCUGAAGAAAAAAUAGAGUUAAGUGGGUGGAAACUGUAUUAUCAAGAUACAUUAGGUCGUAACAUCUUUUUAUUGCCAUUUAAUCAGUAUAUGUUACUUGAGACCUUUCCAAUCCCUAAAGAAAUCACUUCAACUGUUUUAGAAAUUGAAGAGGAGUGUGUUGGGUUUCCUGCGCCCGGGAAGUUUCAGAACAAGAUGUUCCAACAUUUCCCAAUAGGGACUGAAGUACAAGUGAUAGAAAUAGAUAUGAAGAAAUUGGUGACCAAUUCAAUUUAUAGUAAAAAUCUCUCCGUCAUACGGAGACGGGAAAAUAAGCGCCAAAAAAUUGUCGACGAUGAAAAACAAAGAGAAGAAGAAGAACGACUCAAAGAAGAGGCACGAAUAGCAGAUUUAAAAGAAAUGAAUAAACACUACAUUUUUAAACCAGACGACUACGAAGAAAGAAAAGACGAAAUAAUUUUGGAGUAUUUCCCUUCAUUACCUUGUCAUCUUGAAAACAAAGAAAAUGUCGAAGAAAAAAACGUCAAAAAAGUCGUCAAAAAGAAAAAACAAAAGAAAAACGGAUGGGAAAAAAGCGAAUUUCCGCCCCUCGGCGCACUCCCCCAAAAAGGCGAAAAAGUCGAGAAAAAAGACAAAAUUGUCGAACCACCGAAAAUAGAAAUGGAGAAAGUCGUGAAAAUCGAAAACACAAAAAUGCAGAAAACUGAAAAAGUCGAGAAAAAAGUCCAAAAAAGUCAACCAAAAAUUGCGAAAAAAACGUCUCGAAAAAAUAAGAAAAAAGUCGACCUUGAAUUACUCGGGACGUAUCUCGAGGUACCUCCUGUCGUGACCAACAAUGACUGA